UCUCUCUCUCCCUCUCCCUGCCUCUCUCUCGCUCUCCCUCGCUCUCUCUGGCGCUCCUCAUAGGAUGUGUGCGAGCGGUCCACCUCUGGCAGCCUCCGCACUCCCUCCCGAGGCGUCUGGUGUGGCGUGGCGGCAGUGGCGGUCUUGUGGGCGUGGCGGCAGCAACGUGCACGCCACCUGAUCUCCUUCCGCGCCAGGAGUCAGGCACGCGGGUGUUUCGUGCGCCUUUCCUCCUGUGGUUAGUAUGAGAGGCUGCUGUGAGGGGCGCGCUAGGGUGGAGGUGCCACAACGCAGCUCCUGAUUGGUGGAGGUACUCACCCCCUCCCCCCUCCACCCCGCACCACCUCCCCCCACCCCAACCAACGCCUCCCCUAGGCCCGGCAGGCAGGGAGUCCCGGCGCCACUCUGCCCUGCCAUUGGUCCAUGUGACGCGACCCUCGGCUUGUGAUUGGCUGCCGUGAAGAUGGGCAAAACCAAUGACAAAAAGGCGCAGCGCUGUGACAGUCGAAGCAAUAUAGUGGGCAAGUUUACCCAGAGUGUCAAGAGGAUCGUGCAGGAGGUGAAGGAAGAAGGCGUGCCAGCCGAUGGAGAGACGCGGGAUGACGCUAUCGCCACCAACCACCGUCUGCGCCACGUUCGGGAGAGGCUGGAGGCUGAACACGAGACAGCCCGCGGCGCUCUGCUCACCCUCCACACGCCGUACAACCACAGCAAGACAACCUGGAACGUUUUCACCCGAUACAACCUGCUAAAGGCCAUGAUUAAGGAGGUGGUGAGGCUAGAGACAGAAUACUGGCAACUCCUGGAGGUGCCGCGGCAGGAGAAGCAGGAGCCGGUGCUGACCUACGUGCUGAGGGCGUGCUCGAUUGUGGAGAAGAGCCAGCGGAGCCACGAGCAGGCGGAGAAGACCCCACGCGCCGACCAGGAGGAGGAGAAGCAGAGGGAGAAUGCACAGCGACUCAACGGUAUGACCACUUCACAGAUUCUGGAGGAGAACCACUCCCUCAUCAACGAGUUGUACCGCCUCCUGAGGAAGUACUCGUCCCUCCGCACCCUCAUGAGAGAGCUGAAGGAUGACUACGUUGAGAGCAAGAUGUACCCUAUUGUACCCCGCUACUUUAUGCUGAAGGAGAUGAUCCAUGAUGUGAUGCGAGACCCUGCCUUCAUGGAGCUGUGUCAGGAGGUCACUCAGAGUCCCCCAGCAGGCACCUCUUAGUGUGUGACCUGCUGUGACCCAUAGAGAGAGUUGAUGGAGAGUAGCAUGGUGAGACAACAAAGGAAGACAAGACCAGAAGCAUCAUGAAAGUGUCUCAAGAACCUCCGCUUGUUUUACUGUCUCGUUUUAUGUUCCUUAAUGUAAGUUUCCUUUAUUAUUUUUUUUCAGUUUUCUUGGCAUUUCUGUGGAGUCUUGUGGUCUUUAUUUCUGGUACUGAAGAGUCUUAGUCUGUGUUCUCUUGUAAGUUGAGAUACACAUGGCUAUUUCUGCACUGUUGCAUUUGUUAAGGGCUUUAUUCCACUUGUCUUUCUUGUUUUAACUUACAAUUUGCGUAAUUAGCAUUAUAUAUAAUGCUUAUCCCUUGGAAGGUAUUUGGAGGAAUCUCUCUCUCUCUCUCUCUCUCUCUCUCUCUCUCUCUCUCUCUCUCUCUCUCUCUCUCUCUCUCUCUCUCUCUCUCUCUCUCUCUCUCUCUCUCUCUCUCUCUGCCAGUGCUCUAUCUAUUUCUCCACCUCCCUGUCACUCUCCCAGAUCAAUGAUAAAGAUUAGAAUUGUGUGCUGUCCUGCUUGUCUCCAGUGUGAACUGAACACUAGCUGUAAACUAACAACAACAAGGCUAUUACUACAGAUUACUGUCACCAUGAUCAAAGUUAUGACAGUACUAGAUGUAAGUGUACACGAGAAAGCCGCAGUAUUUUUGCUAUGGAUGAUAAUGUAAAAUGAGAUAAUUAUGAUCGACAUGUAGUUUGUGCCAAAGUAUUUUUCACCGUAUAUUCUUGUAAGCUUUUCUCGAAGUAUAAAAGGAGCCUGGUGAGGUAUUUGGUGUGUGUGUGUGUGUGUGUGUGUUUUAAAUUACCAUACAUACCCACACACUAAAUUUUCCUGUGUGAAUCAUGGGGGCCAGUAGCAGCAGUAGCAGCAACAGCAGCAGCAGCCUUCACUGCUCCCACACUGAUUGUGACACUGUUAGGAAAAUGAUGGUGUCUGCUUUAUGAGACUUUGGGCAUGUUGAGAAUGUGAAAAUAUCAGCCAUGCAUGCAGUGAGGAUGUGGAUGAGGUGUGGUACUCUCCCUGCCUGAGCUGCAAAUGGAGAACCACAGUAAAGAUGUUCUGGCUUAAUGUCAUGUGUUCUUAAGUCAUAGUGCAUCAAGCCAUGUGACCUUAGUUGUUGCAGUGGCAUGCAGAAAAUCUUUUAAUCACUUUACUUCAAGGCAAGACAAGGAAUUUCUUAUGGGUUUAUAAUAGGGUUGUGUGAAUGAGAAAAUAACAUCUACAGUCCUUAUUUCAGUGAUAUACAAGUGACACUGGAAUAUGUAUAGAGGAAGGAAGAUCCUCAUGGGAAGUGCAUAUAGAGUACACUUUGUUGCAUCAAAUUAUAUAAACAGAAUACAAUACAUGUAGCACUUUGGUGUGGUAAUUAUCAAAAUAGAAUCUGCCUUGCAUAUGAUGUGAAUGUUCUAAUGUGGCAAGACUGUCAUACUCUCUCCGUCACUCACUGCCAUGCAUGUGCUGGGGUCAGAAGGAUGGUGGCGGGAGCAGGCGUGUGUUGAGGGAAGAGAGAAUACAUAAGGACACAUGUUUUGUAGUGACACAUAUCUCUGCUGCUUAGAUUGGCCCCUCUGUGUAUGUGUGUGUGUGUGUGUGUGUGUGUGUGUGUGUGUGUGUGUGUGUGUGUGUGUGUGUGUGUGUGCUUUUCCAUAUUCAGUAGAGCAGCUAUAUGUAUAAGAGAUAAAAGAGAGGCAGUUAUUACUACAUAUUUAAUUAUGCAACUAUUCCAACCCACUGUGGUAGUUUCUGAGGUAACUAACACAAGGCCUCAGAUGAUGACUUUUCUAAGUGAGUGAAGUGAUGCUCCUCAAUGCUACAACAAUAGAACAAACUGCCACUCAUUUCAUGUAAGGAGAGAGUUUUGCCAAUAUCUUGUUUUAUAACAGUUCCUUUUGAACCUGUUUUGUGUUGCGUGUUUUCAUAUAGUAUGUCAUUGUGAUGUGUUAAUAGUACAGUAUAUACUGUAUAUAUUUUUUGAUAACUUGUACUAUGAUGUGAUUACUUUACCAUUUGUUAUACCUGUCAAGGACUAAAGAGUGUGCUUACUAUGAAGAAAUGGGAAAGGUUAGCAGCUUAGGAUAUAGUAAGUAAAUUACUUAAAAGAUAAAGUUUGUGUACUCUCUUUCUUAAAGGAAACUAUGUAGAA